UCCCGGGACGGCAGCCGCCGCUGCUCCCGGGCUCCGCUCCGCCCCUCACCUCAGCACCGCCCCGGCCCAGCCCUGCGGCGGCCCCGCGGCCCCUGUCGCGCGCCCGGUGCGGGCCACCGCUCGCAGGGGAGCCCAGGGGAGAUCGCCGCUGCCACCCAAGCUACCCUGCUCCUCCCGCCGAGGCCACACCGGGGAGCCAGAGGCCUGCGGCAGUCGGGACAAGUCACUACCUCUCCAGAGGGCUCCGAGGAGGGCAGAAGCUUAAGCUCGCUGCCCCCACAGCGCGGUAACGGUCGCACCCUCCUCUCUUCUCAGGCUUGGGGCCUCCCUCCGCCACGGCGCUACCGCGUCUCGGAGCGCGGAGGCGCUGCACAGGCAUGGCAAGGCACCGAAACUCUCCGGUGGGGCCAAGGCGAAUGGCGGCAGCAGCCCCGCUCGGACAGAGAGGCGGGCGGCCUGUCAGUGCCCUCCGCACCUGUCACCUCACCCGUAACCCGCCACCCUCACGGCAGCGGCGGGCUUACCGCUUGCUUUUCUGAUUGGCUGCAGGUGUUCCCUACCGCUUCCUCGCUCGCUUUUGAUUGGCUGAAAUCCUCCUACUGCCCAGCUGGAUUGAAAAUCAUCUGGAGGAGAAACGCACAUUUAGCAUAUGAAGCUGUUCACUUCAGAAUUAAAUGAGUUAUAUGUCUUGAAUGAAUUUAUUUCUAUAUAUUUAUAACUUCAUUUAGCCUGUUAAAUACAGACCAUGCCUAGCAGAAUGGGCUCAAAAAUUGAUUUGAACAAAGACUUCAUCAGAGUAAAAACACACUAUAGUGGGGAUAUUUUGAUAACAAACUUGGAUGCAUCAAUGAGCUAUGAUGAACUUUGUGAUGAAGUGCAUGAGAUGUGUAAUUUACAACAGGAACAGCCAAUUACCCUCAAGUGGAUUGAUGAUGAAGGUGACCCAUGUACUAUCUCAUCUCAGAUGGAACUGGAAGAAGCCUUCCGUUUGUAUUGUCAAAACAGAGAUGAAGGGCUGAUUAUUCAUGUUUUCCCAAGUAUUCCAGAGAAACCCGGCAUGCCUUGUCCAGGAGAAGAUAAAUCAAUCUACCGACGUGGAGCCAGAAGAUGGAGGAAGCUGUACCGAGUGAAUGGGCAUUUGUUUCAAGCCAAACGUUUUAACAGAAGAGCGUAUUGUGGCCAGUGCAGUGAAAGGAUAUGGGGUCUCGGAAGGCAAGGCUACAAGUGUAUCAACUGCAAAUUGUUGGUCCAUAAACGUUGUCAUAUACUUGUUCCACUGACCUGCAAAAGGCAUAUGGAUUCGGUCAUGCCUUCCCAGGAACCUCAGUUAGAUGAUAAAAAUGAUGAAGUUGACCUCCCUUCAGAAGAAACUGAUGGAAUUCCCUACAUUCCUUCAAACCGGAAACAUGACAACAUUAAAGAUGAUUCUGAGGAUAUCAAACCAGUCAUUGAUGGAAUGGAUGGAAUUAAGAUUUCUCAGGGGCUUGGACUACAGGACUUUGAUUUAAUCAGAGUUAUUGGACGUGGAAGUUAUGCCAAAGUUCUUUUAGUUCGGUUAAAAAAGAAUGAUCAGAUUUAUGCUAUGAAAGUAGUGAAAAAAGAAUUGGUCCAUGAUGAUGAGGAUAUUGAUUGGGUACAGACAGAGAAACAUGUGUUUGAACAGGCAUCCAGUAACCCAUUCCUAGUUGGUUUACAUUCAUGCUUUCAAACAACAAGUCGAUUGUUUCUUGUCAUAGAGUAUGUAAAUGGGGGAGAUCUUAUGUUUCAUAUGCAACGGCAAAGGAAACUUCCUGAAGAACAUGCAAGGUUUUAUGCUGCUGAAAUUUGUAUUGCGCUAAACUUCCUACAUGAAAGAGGCAUAAUCUACAGAGAUUUAAAACUAGACAAUGUUCUUUUAGAUGCAGAGGGUCAUAUCAAAUUAACGGAUUAUGGCAUGUGCAAGGAAGGUUUGGGCCCUGGUGACACUACAAGCACUUUCUGUGGGACACCAAAUUAUAUUGCACCAGAGAUCCUCAGAGGAGAAGAAUAUGGGUUCAGCGUGGACUGGUGGGCUCUUGGCGUGUUGAUGUUUGAAAUGAUGGCGGGAAGGUCUCCGUUUGAUAUUAUUACUGACAAUCCAGACAUGAACACUGAAGAUUACCUCUUCCAAGUUAUUCUUGAGAAGCCAAUCCGGAUUCCAAGGUUUCUUUCUGUCAAGGCUUCCCAUGUGUUAAAAGGAUUUUUAAACAAGGAUCCCAAAGAAAGGCUUGGUUGUCAGCCGCAGACAGGAUUUUCUGAUAUCAAGUCUCAUACAUUUUUCCGCAGCAUAGACUGGGAUCUGGUAAAAAUAAUUACUUCUGUUUAUACGUGUUCGAAAAGAAUAGAUUCUUUUAGUUAAUUAAUAGUGCUUAUGUGUAACAACCACAUUAAAACUAGUGACAUUCAAUUCCAUAAAUGUAAAAGCUAUUGUGCUUUCUCCAGGUGACAUAACAUAAUGGAUACAAGCUUUAUUUUAUGACCAAAAAUCUGGCUUGCUUCCAAACGCUAAGAGUGGUUACAACUUGUGGGUAUCAUUUUUAA